AUGUCCGGCAUCAAGGGACCGACCCCGCAAGAGCACGAAGGCAGCGCCCUGCGCAUCGGCAUCGUCCAUGCCCGCUGGAACGCUACCAUCAUUGAACCCCUCGUCAAGGGCGCCAAGGAGAAGCUUCUCGCCUGCGGUGUCAAGGAGUCCAACAUUGUCCUGCAGUCCGUUCCUGGAUCCUGGGAGCUCCCCAUCGCUGUCCAGAGACUCUACCAAGCAUCCCAAGUUCAAUCCGCGCAAUCCGGCACCGGCUCCUCGGCCGGCGAUCUCCUCGGCUCCUCGACCACGGACCUGACAUCUCUCCCCGCCGAGUCCCAGCACCCCUUCGACGCAAUCAUCGCUGUCGGCGUCCUUAUCAAGGGCGAGACGAUGCACUUCGAGUACAUCGCCGACGCCGUCUCCCAUGGCCUUAUGCGCGUCGGCCUUGACACGGGCGUCCCCGUUGUCUUCGGUGUCCUUACCGUCCUCAACGAUGAACAGGCCCAGGCCCGCGCCGGCUUGACUUCGGGAGGGCACAAUCAUGGCGAGGACUGGGGCCUCGCUGCCGUUGAGCUUGGCGUCAAGCGCAAGGCCUGGGCUGCGGGCAAAAUUGAGUGA